UCCGGCAGGAUAACAGAGCUUCCAUCGAUUUCAUAGAACAGUUGACGGGUGUCCUUUGCCGAAAGCAGUUGUCCGAAAUGCUGUUGAAAUUCAUGUACAUAUAUGGAAUAGUCUGUGGUCUGAUGCCUGCUCCUCUGAAGAAAGGACAGUUUCUUUUGGGAUACAAGCUGAGAUGGUACCUCAUCUAUACGGCCUGCCUGCACGGCGGUCUGCUGACGGUCCUGCCCUUCACAUUUCCACACUACAUGUACGAUGACAGCUACGUGAGCAGCAAUCCAGUCCUGAAAUGGACUUUUAAUCUAACCAACAUCACCCGUAUUAUGGCCAUGUUUUCGGGCGUUCUCCUGAUGUGGUUCAGAAGAAAAAGGCUCUUGGAUUUGGGUGAAAACUUAAUACUUCACUGCCUUAAGUGCGAAAAACUGGAUAAUCAUUCUAAGAAGUAUUCUAAAUUACGGAAAAGAGUUCGAAAUGUACUUUUCCAGAUGUUACUCGUCGCACAUCUCAGCAUUUUUGUGGGGCUUUAAUUUUGUUUAGAAUUGAUUCAGUACAAAGAAAUAGUAAAACUGCAAUGAUUGUAGC